UACUGACGUUACUGUUUUUGAUGUUGUGAAACCACAAUGCGAAUUAAUUGAUCGUUUUCCACGUUCUACAUUCUAUUCAGUUUUCUCGUGUAAGCGAUUGUAUAACAGUGUUUCAAUCACAACACAAUCAAAAUGAUGGACGACGCGAUGGACAUGUCAUUAGAUGACAUCAUAAAACAGAGCCAAAUUGGCAAAAAUCAAGGGAAAAAUCGAAACUAUAACCAGGGUGGAAACCAACCCUAUAACCAAGGUGGAAACAGGAAUCCUAACCAAGGAGGGAACCAAAAUUAUAACCAGAAAAGAAAUUACAAUAAACAAAAUGGAAAUAACCGUAAUUUUAACCCAGGCAAUAGAAACGGUCAGAUGAACCCCGGUGGAAAUCAAAACCACAAUGGUAUGAACCGGAAUAACCUAGGUGGUAUGAACCGGAAUUUCCAGGGAGGUAUGAACCAAGGCAACCGUAACUGGAAUCAGGGAAACAUGAACCGGGGACGGUCUCAGUCACGGGCACGAUCACGCAGCCGCUCGAGAUCCAGAUCUCGCUUCUCUCGCGAGGGUUCCCAAUCUGGCGACCGCUCGCAGCGGUCCCAGUCUCGCGCGCGCUCGCGAUCUCGCCGGGGCUCGAGAUCCCGGUCUCGCUCGCGCUCGAUAUCGACGUUCACGCCGCGAGGUCGCGCCGGGCUGGACGAGCCCGUUAACGGCAUUCCUGAUCUAGUGCGGGUUGGGAAUUAUUCAGGCGGGUUCCAGAACCGAAACAGGCAAAACUCACGCCCAAACUACGACUCUGACUUGACUGUGAGCGUUGGCAACAAUUUCGCUCAGCGACGCAACAACAAGAACAACUACCUAAAUAGAAACUCGCUCAACCAGCUCAAUAACCAAUAUAACAACCAAGGUUACAAAAAAGGACCGGGUUCCGUUGGAUCCAAUAGAUCCAACUACUCAAAUCGCUCUAAUCAUUCAAAUAAGUCUUAUAACAACUCAAACAAAUCUUUCAACAACUCAAAUAAGCCUUUCAACAACUCAAACAAGUCUUUCAACAACUCAAAUAAGCCUUUCAACAACUCAAACAAGUCUUUCAACAACUCAAAUAAGCCUUUCAACAACUCAAACAAGUCUUUCAACAACUCGAAUAAGACGUUCAACUCCAAUAAAUCGUUUGAAAAUCGACAAAAACAGCCUUUUUCGAAGCAAAUGCUGGAUCCGGAGCUUCAGAUAGAAAUAGCAACUAUUCAGAAAAGGAUUCCGGGGACCAUAGUUAUUCCUAGUGGCGUUGAUUUCGCGCCCACACCUGUUACUACAUUGAUGACGCUACAUGAGAGAUUCGGAUCGUAAGGUGAAUCAAUUUUUUAUUUUCGUAAUCUACACACUAGCAAAAAAAGGUCCAUUCCCGUUGCCAGGGACAUUUUGGGAUCAUACUGAGCAACUUUUACUAUGGGACCAACCACGAAAUCGCGAAUAAAAAUUUGGCUGCUUCAUACAUUUUGGCUGGUCCAAUUUCUAUGGGAUGGUAAUAUUUUUUUUUGAGAUUUCAUGGUUGGUCCCAUAGUAAAAAUUGCUCAGUAUAAUCCCAAAACCUCCCUGCACUUGCACUUAUUUUUUAGACACCGUGUAUAAUCAUAAUCACACUCUGUACGCAUUAUUUUUCAAUUUGGAUAAAUGGAACAUACAAAUCAUAAUCACAAAAUACAGGUAGAAAAAAGUAUAUGUAGAAAUUUUGUCAGUGUGUUUUUCUAUUGCCGCUAUAACAAACGAUAUAAAUAAAAUUCCAAUGAAAAAAAAAUAUUUUGGCAUAAUAUUUGUAUUUAUUGAAGACCUCACAUUGAAUAUUCUUUGUUCAAAAAUCAAAUAUUGCUUAUAUCACAUGUUGAGUGGUUAUUUGUUAAAAUUACCUCAAUGCACGUUAACUCAAUUUGUAAGUUUUUUUUAUUAAAAGUGUAGUGUUUAUUUACCACCUGUAACAAAGGGAGCGUUCGAAUAUUACGUAACACAAUUUUUGAAGAUUUUUGACUCCCCUCCCCCCGUGUAACGCACCGUAACGUUUAGUUGUAAACCCCCCCCCCCCCCCCCCCCCUAAACAUUACGUAACACUUAGUGACCACGGUAAAUAAUAAAACAAUAUAUACGUGUGAAUGCGUUCCCUAGUUUAAAAUUCAAAUAAAAAACAAUGUUACGUAACGGGUUGUUCGAACCCCCCCUCCCGCUCCUGUAACGCAUCGUAACGUUUUACAAGACCCCCCGGUCCCCCUAAAUUGCGUUACGUGUAUUUUUUGAACGCUCCCAAAGCGACGCGCAAGUCACGUCCGAAGGAAAAAUUCCCUUUUGCUACUCUGUGAUCGUCGCCGGUCAGACACCUGCCAUAAGUAGCUGAUGGCCAGAGCGUACCGGCUGCGUGUGCGUGAGCCGUGCACGUGUCACGCAAGCGGUGUGCCGUCUCUCAUAAAAAUCUGUAUAUUACAACGCGUAUGUACGACCGCGCACCCGCAUCCGAUGUGCAGUCACCAUCAGUUAUCAGAUAUAUUGGAGCGGCCAAGGUGCUCACAGAUAUCUGAUCACGGUUCUAUGAGGCCUACUAGGGAUAAAAUGAAAACGGUUUUAAUUGUCAACCUAUUUGACACUGGGUUACUGAUUUAAACCGUUUAACCCCGGGUUAGUGAAUGGUGCAAGUGGCCCUUAAAGAAUUAAAGCCCGACCAGAUAUAUAUGAUCAUUGUCAAAAGGGCGCUGUUAUUAUCAUGUAUAUGGUGACAGUUCUGUUUAGUAUAAAAAAAAUAGUUCCAAUGAAAUUCGGCAACAUGGCGCGUGAUCAUAUAUUCCUGCUCAUGCUUUAAGAUAAAUUCUGCUAAUUUCCAUUUUGUCACUAUGAGAUGUAAUAAAAUUAAGUUUUUUUUAUUUAUAUCGGAUACUAAAAUGACAGUUCGAUUGGCUAAUUUAAAUAUUACGAAACCAUGUGCCUUUCUACCGAUUUUGUUACUAAUGUGACAGAUGAGUCGGACAAAUGGGGUUAGCAACUGUCAAAGGUUUUUAAAGAUAGCACCAGCAUAGAUUUUACCUGUUUCGAGUUUUUCACCCUCUACGAAAAGGGAUGUUUAAUGCCAAUGUCUGUCUGUGGCGGCGUAGAUCUCAAACGGAUGAACCGGUUUCGAUGCGGUUUUUUGGAGUUCCGUACCUCAAAAGGAAAAAACGAAACCCUUAUAGGAUCACUCGUGCGGCUGUCUGUCCGUCACAGCCUAUUUUCUCCGAAACUACUGGACCAAUUAUAACUUAGAUUUUGAUCCGACCCCUACGGGUUUUUUAAAGACAUUUCACUCACGUUUCACAUAAAAAAAUACAUUGUUUAAAUUGUGUAAUGUACAGAAAAAUUGAUUCAGCAGUUUGAAGAUCAGCUCUUACAAAAUUAUGUAAGGCAUUUUGUCCGUAGGGGAUUUUAUUGUUCUAUGAGAUUUGGCCUAAGGUCCCAGCUAUCCAAUUUCUUUGUCCAAUGUGCAUUUGCGUCUCACAAUGCAAAUUGGACAAAGAAAGAUGGAUCCCAUCCUGAAAGGCCUAUAGCAUCCAUUUCAAAUUCCCAAAAAAAAAAACAAGAAUUUGACGUUAUUCGUAGUCCGGACUAACUGGUAAUGCUGGAAUAACGCAUCUGUAAAGCCUGUCCAGACGGGACAAUUUUUUCGCCAAUCUGAUGAAAUUGUCCAAUCAAAUCAGGCCGUGCGGACGCAAACGCCAAUUUGGCUCGGCGAUUAUGACCGAUAUUACAGAUUAAAUGGAAGUGCCGACGCAAGAAUACCAAUUUGUGACACUAUUAUUUUCUUUUUAUCUAAAAUAUAUUUAUUAAUCUAAAAUUGAUGAUUAAAUUGGAGAUUGACGGCCAAUUUAAUUUCUGAUCAAAAAGGUCGAUUUGAUCGUCCCGUCUGGACUCCACUUAAAAUACUUCACCAUAGCGGCAAUCUAAAUGUCAUUUUAGUAUGGGAUAUAAUAAUUAGGUAAGUAUUAGUUUUUCACAUUGUAUGUAAGUUACAUAUUGUACCUAAAACAAGUAUAAACAUCCUUAUAACGUGUGUAAAAUGUAGUCGCCAUCAUAUCCGAGCGGCCGAGGUGUUCUCAAAUAUCUGAACAAAGUUCAUAUGGGGCAUUUUCUAUGAAAAGGGACCUUAUUGUCGAUGGCGCUUACGCCGCACUGCGUCGCGCGGCAUUGUAUUUAUAUCUGAGCGUCGUUUAUAAUGGCGUAAGCGCAAUCGACAAUACGGUCCCUUUUUAUAGAAAAUACCACAUAUUAAUUUUUAACAAGCAGAAACGUCUGCGAUCGAUGCUAUUAAGCUUAGAAUAAAUUUAAAAGUGGAAAAAUUACUGCCUUGGGUGAGACUUGAACUCACGGCCUCUGGAUCGAUACUCCAGCGCUCUGCCAACUGAGCCACCAACACCUCAUCCAUGGUCAGCAAAUCUUCCCACUAUAUGGGUCUAGGGGACCCUAGCGACAUCUACCGUAAGAGUGUUACACUUUUUAAACGGCCACCGCAGUUCCAAGUCAUAUUGGAAAUUCACCAGUUACGAUGUGCUACCCAUUCUAAAUUAAACUUCCACUCCACUUCCACUUUUAAAUGUAUUCUAAGCUUAAUACCACAUAUUAUCAAGAUCAAGGCGCAUAUUCACAUAUUUUUGAGUACCUUGGCCGCUCCGAUGUAUAUCGACUGUACCUAAGGAAUAUGGGUGUUAACUGUUAACAUACCUACAUGGUAGAUUUCAUAGAUAAGUGAACUUAGCAUUAAGUUUAAUAUUAAAUAAGAUCUUUUUGACAUGUUUCUUGUGUUAACGAAAUGUAUAAUAUUAUGUUGAUUUUGUAACCCGAUUUUCACUCUUAAUUCUAAAACUAAUAAGGGACUUAAUCGCGUCCAAGCGUCCGUUACGCAAGUCCCAUAUUAGUUCUAGAAUUCGAAGUGUAUAAUUAUUUCUUUUACAGUACACAUGGAGCUUAUUUACCGCCCCAGUUACCGCCGUAUUUAAAGGGCCAUAUGUGCUGUAAAACGUACAAUACACGUGCGAAAAGAUAAUUAAAGAAUUUCCUACUUUUCGCACUUGUAUCGUAAUGUACUAUUUUUCUUUUGUGACAUCAAACUGUAAUAACCCUUUUAACGUCAAAAGAUGCCCCCACUUAAGUUUUGGGUAUAUUUUAUGAACUUUAAAUACUUCAAUCGCACAAGCAUGGUUUUUACUUUUUUUCCAUUUUGUUAACAUUUUCCAUAUAACUUGUAGGUAAGACAUUAACGGAAUGGAGGGUACAAAAAUAGAAAACGCAAAAGAGCCAGAAAUUCAUAAUAGAAAACAUAGAUUUCCGAAAUAAAAGAAGCGAGGGAACAAUUUUGUAGAAAGGAUCAAUCAAUCAAUCAAUCAAAAUAUUUAUUGUUGGUCAUGAGUUACAGGGAUGUUAUUCUAAUGUACAAUGGUCUUCAUGUCUUGGAUAGUUUCCACACGCGGUUGUACAGUCACCGUCAGAUAUAUCGGAGCGGCCGAGGUGCUCACAAAUAUCUGAACACGCCUCUAUUGUCAAGGCG